CACACACACACACACAGAGAGAGAGAGAGAGAGAGAGAGAGAGAGAGAGAGAGAGAGAGAGAGAGAGAGAGGCAAUGGGCAGAGAGGUUGCUGCAGAGUAUGAGCUGAAUGAGAUAGAUGACACCUUGCAUGGCUCCGUGGGAAGUAGGCUCUCCCUGUUUGCAAGGGAGCUCAAGUCGAGGAGCAGCAGCUGGCACAGCAGCAGUGCCCUGAGACUUCCAGGGAAUUGCUAUGGAAGCUUUGUCAUACACCCUAAUGGCAGGUGGUACAGGAUCUGGGCGAACGCGAUGUUCCUGUGGUCCAUCUACUCCACCUUCUUCACCCCCUUCGAGUUCGGCUUCUUCCGCGGCCUCCCGGAACACCUGCUGGACCUCGAGUGCGUGCAGCUCGUCUUCCUCGCCGACGUCGCCGUCCAGUUCUUCCUCGCCUACAGGGACGCCCACACCUACAGGAUGGUCUACGACAAGCCGAAGAUCGCGCUGCGUUAUAUCAAAGGAAGCUUGGCCCUCGAUAUCCUCGGCUGCUUCCCUUGGGAUUACAUCUACAAGGCCACAGGAAGAACAGAAAUGGUGAGGUACCUGGUGUGGCUCCGGCUGUACAGGGCCCGGAAGAUCAUGGCCUUCUUCAAGACGAUGGAGAAGGACAUCCGCAUCAGCUACCUCUUCACGAGGAUCGUGAAGCUCAUCACCGUCGAGCUCUACUGCACGCACACCGCCGCGUGCGUCUUCUACUACCUCGCCACCACGCUGCCGCCGGCGCGCGAGGGGGGUACCUGGAUCGGGAGCCUCGCCCUGGGGGACACCAGGUACAUCAACUUCAGGGAGAUCGACUUGCUCACUCGCUACGUCACCUCGCUGUACCUCGCCAUUGUCACCAUGGCGACAGUCGGUUAUGGUGAUAUCCAUGCCGUGAACACAAGGGAGAUGGUGUUCACCGCGGUGUACAUCUCGUUCAGCAUCCUCCUCGGCGCGUACCUGAUCGGCAACAUGACUGCUCUUAUUGUGAAAGGAUCAAAGACCGAGAGGUUCCGGGACAAGAUGACCGACCUCAUCAGGUACAUGAACAGGAACAAGCUGGGCUCCGAGAUCAGGUCCCAGGUGAAAGCUCACCUUCUGCUGCAGUACGAGAGCAGCUACACCAAGGACAGAGUCGUCGCCGACAUCCCAGUCGCGGUUCGAUCGAAGAUGUCCGAGACACUGUACCUGGACAUGGUUUCAAGAGUGCACCUGUUCAAAGGAUGCUCAGAGGACUUCCUGAGCCAGAUAGUGGUAAAAUUGCAUGAAGAAUUCUUCCUCCCUGGGGAGGUGAUCUUAGAGCAAGGCACUGUGAUGGACCAAAUUUAUAUUGUUGCACACGGAUGCCUGGAAGAGGUGGCCACUGGAGAAGGUGGAUCAGAAGAAAUCAUCUCGGAACUACUGCCUUACGACAUCGUCGGCGAUGUCACUGUAGUUUGCAACGUUCCACAGCCACACACAGUUAGGGUCUGUGAACUUUGCAGGCUCCUGAGAAUCGACAAGCAGUCCCUGACCAGUAUCCUGCAAAUUUACUUCAAGGAUAGCCGUCAGAUCUUGAGCAACCUACUGAAGGGGAAAGAAACCGGGUCGAAGGGGAAGCAAUUGGAAUCAGAUAUCACAUAUCUGAUAGCAAGGCAGGAAGCAGAGCUAGUCCUCGGGGUGAACAAUGCUGCUUAUCAUGGAGACUUGUUCCGUUUGAAAGGCUUGAUCAGUGCAGGAGCAGAUCCAAGUAAACCCGAUUACGAUGGACGGACCGCAUUACAUGUCGCCGCAUUAAGAGGAUAUGAAGACAUCGCCAGGUUCCUGAUUCAACGAGGAGCAAAUGUCAACAGCAUAGAUAAGUUUGGAAAUUCACCGUUGCUGCUAGCACUCAAAUCAAGUCAUGAUAGGAUCACCUCACUCCUCGUGAAGCAUGGUGCAGUCCUGAACCUAGAAGAUGCUGGAAGUUACCUGUGCAGAGUUGUCUCGGACGGCAAGAUCGACCUUCUGAAGAGGCUGCUCAACCUUGGAGUCGACCCGAACUGCACGAACUACAAUCGGAGAACGCCACUUCACAUCGCUGCUGCCGAGGGCCUGCACCUUGUCGCCAGCAUGCUGAUAGAGUCUGGAGCAGAUGUUCUGGCCAAAGACAGGUGGGGAAACACGCCGCUGGACGAAGGGCGAAGGUGCAGCAGCAAACCACUGGUCAGGGUUCUGGAGCUGGCUAGAAUUGUUGCCGUCUCUCAGUGAGCAAGUUCAUGCUCCGGUCCGGAAAUCCGCAUUCUGAAUCCAAGUGGGAAUACUGGCAAUGAAAUAUUCUUUCUGAAGUGAUGGAAACAUGGGUCACAAAUGCUCGUCUCAAAAUUUCUGCAGCUGCGGAAUGAAUGGUUUCUAAUGAAAUAGGAUAAAUCACGGGCAGCAGAUGCACUCACUCACCAGUGAAUUAGCCGUCUCGAUUGGAGGUAACAAAUAAAAUGCCAAACAUCAUAUGAAAGUCUAUUCCAAGACCGAUCAGAGAUCCUGCAGCUUGAAUUACAAGGAAUAUGGUUUGUGACCUUGUACAAGUGUUUUCAUGACAGUAGGGGCGCGGGCAUACCACAUACAUAACAGAACAUAUAAAGGAUUCAAUCUGACUCAA